UGGGCUGCUACUAAUGAUGGAAGACUUCAUCAUAUCAUGAUCAAUCUGUUGUGGCUCAACUAGAUAUGGACCUUGCUGUAAGUUUCUAGGAUAACAAGCUUCAUCACCCAUCAGGCCCAACUAGAUUAAAUUGAAGCUGUAGGUGAUGGGUUAAAUUCGAAAGGGUUAUAAAUGUUGGUAGAGAGGUCCGCAUAAAAAAAUUUCCCAUCUCAACAAAAAAAUUGUUUCUGCAAUUGGAAGAUGCUGAAGUCUUAUCACUUGAAGAUGAGGUGAGCCUAAGCCUUCGGAUUUCUCAUGCUCUUUCGGCCCUUCACUCGGAUAUUUGUGGAUAACAGCCCUUUAUCAGUUGCUCUCUUCCCCUUUCAUUUUGUUCUUAUUAUGCUUUUCCUUGUGUAAAAAAAAUCUAAAUAUCUAACACAAAUAUCAAACAGCCCAGCACUAUUUGCACCCACCUCUCUCUCCUUUUCUCAAAAUGUGCCAUAAACAUCAAUUCCCUUGUUUUGCAUUGCCAGCCACAUGACUGCAUUAGAAUGGUAAAACACCAGAUAAUUAUCUUGUGAUACUUAGAAUCUUUUGCUUUGUAUGCACAUUGUUUGUGACCAUUUAAGAGGGUUUUUGAAAUCAUUGUGAAAAACAUCAAAAACUUACGGUUUUUAAUGCUUUGGGGUGAUAUUAUUUUGUAGGUUCAACAUAUGAUAGAGAGAUGCCUGGUGUUUCACAUGAGCAGAGAUGACUGUGUUAAAGCACUUGCUAAGCAUGCCAAGAUUGAACCAAUCAUCACCCUAACAGUUUGGAAAGAGUUGCUUAAAGAGAACGAGGCCUUCUUUCAAGCCUAUUUCCAGGCUAUAUCUGCAAGGCAGUUCAGCUGUAAGGGCAACAAAACUUUGCAUGCUGAUGAUCAGUUUGGGAAAACCAAAGUGAUUUUGAAAAAUUCAAAAACUAAUGGAUUCUGCAAGAUAUUAUACCCUUCUUAUAAAGGUAAUGAAUUCCCAAUUAAGUUUUCCAUUUUACUUUGGCUUAAACUUAAGUGAGAGGCUGUUUCUCUUAUUGAUGUAUUUUUAUAUUCUAUCCAGAUAUUUCCACUCAAAGGAUGGCUACUUUCAGGAGAAGAAAGCUUUGGCAUUGAUUCAAAGUGCAAAAAGAUCAUCAAAAGCCCCAUGAAUGAACUUCUUCCUAGUCAUAAAUUUAAUAAAGUGAUCAGAAACUUCAGAGACAUCUGCUGCAGCCUUCAGAAUGCAACAUAUGAGUAUAAUUUACUGGUUUCUUUCUGCUUUUAGGCCCUGAUAAAGAUUGUAAGUCCUUGCUAUUGCAAAACACUUAAUUCCCUUCUUAAUGAAUUUCGACUUAGAUGCAUCCUAUCGCCUUUAUGAUCAGGCAGAUUGGGAAGAUGUAGCAGAAGACUUUUAUGUUGUAGUUCAAGGCUAGCUUAUUGUGGCUAUCGAGUAUUGUGUAAAGAGUUGCAUACAUGAGUGAACUGGUUACAAUAAAAGCCAUAACUUCAAGCAUAGUUCUUAAAAAAGGUGGCAUGAAACUACUGUAUUGUUGUAAUACGAAUCAGCUUCGUAUCAUGUUUUACUGAAAUUAAGCAAAAUCUGCACCAAGAGCAGAUUCUUUUACUUCUAUUGAAAACCUGCUCUUGAAUGGUAGGCUACUACUGCAAACCAAGUACUGAAAUUAUUGCUCGAUAAACUUCAAUAUGCUUUCGUCUCUGGUUUUUCCUAGGCAACCAAACGUAAUAGUAGCGUAAAAGUUGGAAAUUCUGGCAUGAAAACAUUAUCACCACAUAAAUUCAGCAAAAUCUGGAAUCCAAGUAAACUGCAUUGGCCUCUGCAGUCAGGAUUAUACCACCGCUUUGAGAUGUAUUGGCAACCUCAGCAAG